AUGACCGGCAGAGAAAAGCACACGGUCCGCGCUGUUAUUGCUGGCAGCUGGCUAGAGAACAACCAGCCGGCCCGCAUGUACGGCCAAUGGCGGCGCGGGCGCGGCUACAAGAAAGAGGGGCGGGAGCGCAGGAGCCCCGGCGGCGCCGAGGCGGAGAACGGCCGCAGCGACGGCGCUGCCAUGGCGGAGAAGGGGCGGGGCGGCGGCGGUGCCGUGGCGGAGAAGGGGCGGAGCGGUGGCCGUGCCGUGGCGGAGAAGGGGCGGAGCGGCGGCGGUGGCGGUGCCAUGGCGGAGAAGGGGCGGAGCGGCGGCGGCGGCCGUGCCGUGGCGGAGAAGGGGCGGAGCGGCGGCGGCGGCCGUGCCGUGGCGGAGAAGGGGCGGAGCGGCGGCGGCGGUGGUGCCGUGGCGGAGAAGGGGCGGAGCGCUGCGCGGAGUGUGCUGGGGCUGCAGGAGCGGCUGCGCUGUGCGCGGGAGCCCGCCGAGAUUAUAAAAACACUUAAGGUACUACAAGGUUUGGAUUUAUCACUGGAUGUUUUAGUGGAAACUGGCAUAGACAAAACAGUUAACAGUUUUAGGGAACAUUCCACUGCUGGGAAUGUAGCUAAAAGUCUGUUAAAACAAUGGAAAAAGCUUAUUUCUCCAGAAAGUAAAAGUGAUCACAGGGAAAGAAAAAAUAAUGAAAAAGAAAAACGUAAGAUGAAAUCUUCUGUUUCCAAGGAGAUUAAGCCUUCAGAGAAGCCUGAAACAUCUGUACUGGCCUUUAGAAGUUCCAGUAGUGUUCCCAUUUCUACAAGGUUGAAUAAAGAGCAUAUUUGUAGUGAAAAGACCCAUCAAAGUACAAAUUCUGAGUCUCCAAAAGAGUGUGAUAAUGAAUGUAGCAGCAGUGGUUCUAAGCAUGCUUCCCAGGGUACCAAUUCUCAGGCUAAAGAAAGUGAGUUCAGAGAGAGCAUCUCCACUGAGAGCAAGAAAAUUUCAGAAAAGCAGCAUUCCUCUGCAGCCAAUGAAGGCUUAUUACCCCUGAAGGAAAAACUUUGUAAGAAGGCUUCCAAACAGAGAAAUCCUAAACGUGUGAAGAAACCAAAACAAAGUCUUGUCGUGAAAGAUGAAGCCAAAUCAUCUAGUGAUGAGGAAUUUGAACCCCCUACGAUGUCUUUUGAAUCUUAUCUGACUUAUGAUGAGGUUACCAACAAAAGAAAGAGAAAGGCUUGCUCCACAGGUGCACGGUCAAAAAAGUGCAGUGAACAGAAGAAUAGCUCAUUAGCACAAAAGACUUCAAAACUUUCUCAGGCAAAAGAGGGAGUUGAAGAUGUAAAAAAAUGUGAGAGUGAUCAAUCAGAAACUCCCAGUAAAAAGGCCAAAGUGGCAUCCCUCCAAGAGCUUCUUAAUACUCCACUACCUAAAACUCUGCCAGGCAUCUCAGAAUCAUUUCCCCCAUGUGCUGCAGACUUUACAGUGUCUGCAGUACCCGUUGUAGAAGCUCCCCAGCAAGUCGAUGAUAUAGUUCAAUUCACAGGACAGAGACUGAACUCUAAAAUGCAGGUUUACUCUGGCUCUAAGGCAGUCUGCCUUUCCAAGAUGCUCACGCUGUAUGAGCAGUGUGUCCGCGUGCUCCACAACAAUAUUGAGUUGCUACAAGCAGCAGGAGGUGUGCCCUUUGACAUUCUUGAGCCUGUGCUAACACAUUGCACACCAGCGCAGUUGUUUCGAAUAGAGAAAUGUAAUACGAUGUUUAUAAAAGAGACUGACCACUUGUGGAAGAAACACUGCCAAAGAGACUUUAAAAAUGAGAGCCUUCUGGAAUAUGAGUCUUGGCGUGAAAUGUACUGGAGACUGUUUAAUCAGAGAGAAGAAAAACUGAAGGUUCUUACAAAAAGUAUUCUUUCAGCUCAGUCUGAGAAACCAAAGGGCAGGCAAGCAAAAAUGGCUUAUGUGACUGGUGCAGCAAAACCACCUAGGAACAUUUGCCGACAGCAACAAAUCCAUGGGACAGCAGGACCUGUCAUCCAGCUUCAUCCCACACAGAAGUGCAAAACAGGGAUUCCAGAAAUGAGAGACAGAAAUAACACAUUAUCAAAUCUGAUACCUGCUGGCAACUAUAGAAGUUCUAGCUCAGGUGUCAUGAUUCAAGAUGGAAAGAAGCCUACCAAAAAAAUAGCACCGAUCAUGAAGAAAACUUUGAAAGCACUGAGGCAGAGUUGGACAACGAUAAAAUGA